AUGACGACACUCAAUGGACAUUCAGACACUAGGCUUGUCGAAAGACGUCGGCCUGCCACACAAGGAGACGAUCAGACCGCACAAUCUAGAGAAUUGACGGUCGAUGCCACAAGAGCUCAGUCAAGCUCUGGACCCAAGCAGUCUCCACAUGUUAAUGGCGUACACCCGGCUCAGAAUGACUUGUCAUCGCGCCGGAUUAUUCCUCAGGAAGCUCAAGACUAUCUAACUGCAAAGCCUGCUUUACUAUCGCGUACCAAGAGUGACUUUGGACCACGAAGCAAAGAUGGCCUCGCAACCCCUCCUUCAGACGACAAAUUGGCACUUAUCAGACACGGUUGGGAUGAUGAAUACACUUCUAAUGAAUAUCUCUCAUUACUCCAUGCAACAUUCUACAUGUAUUACACCGAAAAGCGGCACGAGAGCAAUGGAUCGCAAUCGGAAGAGUCAAAGAAAUUCCCCAGUGUGGACUGGCGAAUGAAAGAUCGAAUGAAGACUGUUUCUGCUGCCCUCGCCAUCUGUCUCAACAUCGGUGUUGAUCCUCCGGAUGUGAUCAAGACGAAUCCUACCGCGAAGCUCGAAGCCUGGGUUGACCCAACGGGGAAUAGUGGUGGGACGACAAAGACCAUGGAACAGAUUGGUAAACGAUUGCAAGAACAAUAUGAAUCACUUAGUCUGCGAACUAGGUAUAAGCAGUAUCUGGAUCCUUCUAUUGACGAGACUAAGCGAUUUUGCGUUUCGCUCCGACGUAAUGCGAAGGACGAACGAGUUCUCUUCCACUACAAUGGGCACGGUGUUCCCCUUCCGACAGCAUCUGGUGAGAUCUGGGUAUUCAACAAGAACUAUACUCAAUACAUACCAGUCGGCAUUUAUGAUCUGCAGUCCUGGUUAGGUGGUCCAAGCCUGUUCGUGUAUGAUGUUUCCCAUGCCGGAAAUAUUGUCCACAAUUUCGACACUUUUCUCGCUAAGCACGAUAAGGAGAAUGAAGAGCUCAAGAAACGCGACCCAAAUGCUCCAAUCCAGAACUACGGAGAUUGUAUUCAACUGGCAGCCUGUGGUAGAACCGAGAUGUUACCGACCAACCCCGAUCUUCCUGCUGAUCUGUUCACAUGUUGUCUUACGACCCCUAUCGAUAUUGCACUGCGAUAUUUUGUUUUACAGAAUCCGCUUCCUGGUAAUCCGGCCUUGGAAGAUGGGAAGAUCCCGGUUCCUGGCCGCCUCCAAGACCGCAGAAGCCCUCUGGGCGAGCUGAAUUGGAUCUUUACCGCAAUUACCGACACGAUUGCAUGGAACAUUCUGCCUCGACCUCUGUUCAAGAAACUCUUCCGUCAAGAUUUGAUGGUGGCGGCCCUAUUUCGAAAUUUUCUCCUGAGUGAACGAAUCAUGCGAGCAAACCAUUGCCAUCCAAUCUCAUCCCCACCACUUCCCGAAACACAUCGACAUCCUCUAUGGCAGAGUUGGGAUCUUGCUAUUGAGAUGGUCAUGUCACAACUUCCAAUGCUACGAGAAGCAGAAGAAGGAAAGCGCGUUUAUGAAUACCAGCAUUCGACCUUUUUUGCUGAGCAACUCACAGCUUUUGAGGUUUACCUAAGCUCUGGACCAACAAAAGAUCAUGCUCCAGACCAAUUGCCCAUCGUCCUCCAAGUUCUCCUUAGUCAGGUACAUCGAUUGAGGGCCCUGAUACUGCUGAGUAAGUUUUUGGACCUAGGACCUUGGGCAGUACACUUGGCUUUGAGCAUUGGAAUCUUUCCUUAUGUGGUUAAGCUUCUCCAAGCUGCUUCUUUGGAGCUGAAACCUGUCAUGGUAUUCAUCUGGGCUCGCAUAAUGGCCGUGGAUUACACAGUACAGAGUGAUCUCUUGAAAGACAAUGGCAUUCAUUACUUCAUUUCCAUCAUGAGCCCUCGCUCUGAUAUCCCUGUUGGGAACGCCAGUGAGCAUCGAGCAAUGUGUGCAUUCAUUGUAGCCACAUUUUGCAAGAAAUAUCCUCCAGGGCAGACUGUUUGUCUACUGCCAGAACUUUUCAACGCAUGCCUACUUAACAUGUUGGAACCUGAGAAUCCUUUGCUUAGGCAAUGGUCUUGCUUGUGUCUGAGCAUGCUCUGGUGUGAUUACGCAGAUGCGAAAUGGAUGGGGAUCAGAUGCUCAGCACAUGCUCGGUUGUGCGAGUUAUCUCUCGACCCGGUGCCGGAAGUCCGAGCUGCCAUGCUUCAUGCACUGACGAAUUUCCUCGGUAUUCCCGACCUCACCGAUCAAGUCUCCCAGAUUGAAGAGGGUAUUGCAUCUUCAGUUCUCUUCAUGACAUCAGAUGGCAGCACCCUGGUGAGAAAGGAACUGGUUGUUUUCCUCUCUACCUUUGUCAAGCGAUAUGAAAAUAAAUUUAUUGUAGUAGCAUACGAGCAGCUCGUGGAGGAAAGAGAAAAGCACCCUUACAAGGAGUCGGAGCCAAGUGUGUUUGAUCCUCGGGACAACUCCACUCCAGUUCCCAUAUCAUCGAACUCAAUCUACGGAUCGAUCUGGGUCCAGAUCCUUGUACUCUCUGUUGAUCCACACCCAGAGAUUGCCAGAAAUGCUCAGAUCAUUGUAGACCAGGUUCACGAAAUCCUGAUCAACUCGCCUUUAAGUCAUAUGGCACUGGCAGUGAUUGAUGACCUUUUGAAAUUCUCUAAGAAAGAGGAGGCACAUCUUAAGAGAGUGCCAUCAAGAGAUUCACUUCGAGCAAUCGAUCGACAAAGCAGUAAUGUGACGCCUCCACAGCUCCAGAAACAGCAGAGUUAUCUAUCACUCAGUCUUAAGCGGGCUGGGAGCUCAUUGCGAAAUCUCGCCUUUGGUUCUCCAGCAGACAGUCCUACACAAGAAACAACACCACAAACAUCCCCUACAAAGACCAGAGAACAUGUCCAGCCUCUCAAUACCCCCCGAAAUCGAUUACCACCUGAGUGGAGUAGGCCUCCUGACUCACCAAACGCCAGUAACACGCCAGGUGCUUACCAUGCAGCAUAUUUACCAACAUCGGCUGGCUUCACGCCUUUAGAUCCCAAGAAGCCACCGACGCUGCCUCUUCAGAGUUCUUUAUUGGAAUGGUCAACAGAGUACUUCCGUGAGCCACAAAUGCGACCCAAUGAUCCAGACGAGCCUGGUUCGGCAGACUACAACUCUCGUCUAUGGCGACGUACACGUAACGAGCGUAUCAUCGCCGAUAAUCAGCCACUGAAAGGCAAAGCCGGAAGCUCAAAAUGGACUCGUUUGGAGGGUCUUAUCAACAACCAUAGCCAACCAACGAAGAUGACUUUCCAUCAAUUCGACGAUCAUCUAGCCGUCGCGGACGACAAAGACACGAUCACAAUUUGGGACUUUCAGAAGAAUGAACUGCUCAAUCGAUUCAGCAAUGGAAAUCCUACAGGAAGCCGAAUCAAUGAUGCCAAGUUCAUGAACGAAGAUGACCAGCCACUACUUAUGGUUGGCAGUUCAGAUGGUGUCCUCAAAGUAUACCGUGGCUACCAGAGCGGAGCUGACGUAAAGGUGAUCACCGCAUUCCGCGCCUUGACAGAACUGAUUCCCAGCAAUAAAAACGCAGGUCUGGUUUUCGAUUGGCAGCAGGGUCAGGGAAAGGCACUCGUUGCAGGAGAUGUGAAGGUCAUCAAAGUAUGGAACGCGGCUACAGAGCUCUGCGUUGGUGAUAUCCCUGCUAGGAGCAGCAGCUGCGUCACUAGUCUCACAUCUGAUCAAGUCGCUGGGCAGAUCUUCAUUGCGGGCUUUGGAGAUGGCGUGGUGCGUGUAUUCGAUCAACGUCUAAAUCCUCGAACGGCAAUGGUUAAAAUUUGGCGUGAGCACCGACAGUGGGUCACCAACCUACACAUGCAGCGAGGUGGGGUGAGAGAGCUGAUCUCUGCCAGCCGUAACGGCGAGGUCAAGCUUUGGGAUUUGAGAAACGAUAAAGCCGUAUUGACUCUCAAUGCAACUUCUUCAUCGGGCACCGGAUCCUCAUCACAAGCUCCACCAUCAACACAAGAUGGCGCAAUGACACCGACCUCAGCCUCCUCGUCCAAGACUCUCCUGCGCACCCUUUCCGUCCACGAGCACGCGCCCGUAAUUGCCGUUGGCACCGACCGCCACGAGGUACGCAGCUUUAACACGAAUGGUGAACUCCUAGGCUCUUUCGAACCACUCGCAAGUCGUAUUGCGCAGGUUGUGGGUGGAAGUCUCAGUGGGAGGGGGUACCAAAGCCCAAUCGUCGCAACUGCUUACCAUCCUCAUCGCAUGAUGCUUGCUUGUGCCGCGCAGGGAGAUGGACAUGUCAGUCUUUUGGGAUAUUAG